GAUGAUCUCCAAUUUCUAGUGUUGUCGGAGCUGCUGCUGCUGCUUCUGUUGAAACUUGAAACGAUGAUCUCUCAUGGCUAGCGGCCCACCAAAUCAAUGAGGAAAGACCACUACAGUCUGCUAUCAUCACUACUACACAACCACCACUCCAAUCGCCGAUCAAUUCAACAAAUCCACUCUCACUUGGUCACUACAACCGCCACAAUCCACCCACCACCACCCACUACCCUCUGGACCACCAUCCUCCGUCACUACUCACUUGGGUAUUCCCCCAAAGAAGCCAUUUUGCUCUACAAACACCACCUCCACCCCACCACUCUGUUUCAUGGCGACAGUUUUACCUAUGCGUUCGUAAUCAAAUCCUGUGCUAAUUCAGAGCUACCCAUCUCUGGUUCUCAGCUCCAUUCUAUCGUCUUCAAGACCGGGUUUCAGAGUCAUGUAUACGUGCAAACUGCUUUGGUUAAUAUGUAUGUUGUUUGUGGGUGUUUAAGGGAAUGUCGUAAGGUGUUCGAUGAAAUGCCUUUGAGAAAUUUGGUCACUUGGAAUGUUUUGGUAACUGGGUUAGCGAAACGGGGGGAAGUUACAUUAGCAAGAUCGUUUUUUGAUGUAAUGCCGGUCAAGAAUGUUGUUUCUUGGAGUGGUAUGAUUGAUGGGUAUACACGAGCGAAUCAACCUAAAGAAGCCGUUUCAUUGUUUCGACACAUGGUUGCACUAGCCUGUAAUAAUAACAAACCAACCGAAAUAACUGUUUUGGCACUUUACCCUGCCAUUUGGAAUCUUGGGUCUUUGGAGUUAUGCCAAUGUGUUCAUGCAUAUGGAGAGAAGAACGGGUUUUAUACGACUGAUAUACGUGUGACAAACGCUCUUAUUGAUGUGUAUGCAAGAUGCGGUAGCGUGCAUAAUGCAUUGCGCGUUUUUGAGUUAAUACCAAGUGACGAAAAGAAUCUAGUGUCAUGGACAUCGAUCAUCACUGUGUUUGCAAUGCACGGUAUGGCAAAAGAAGCCGUGGAUAGUUUCAAAAGAAUGGAGGAAGUAGGCAUGAAGCCGAAUAGGGUUACUUUCUUGAGCGUUAUAAGUGCUUGUAGUCAUGGCGGAUUAGUUGAAGAAGGGUUAGUUUUUUUCAAAAAAAUGGUUAACGAGUCGUGUAUUGUGCCUGACAUCAAGCAUUAUGGGUGCUUGAUCGACAUGUUGGCUAGAGCAGGGAGGCUUGAAGACGCGGAGAAAAUGGCUUUAGAGGUGCCAAAAGAUAUGGCUAAUGAUGUCAUUUGGAGAACACUUCUAGGGGCAUGUAGCUACUAUGAUAAUGUUGAGAUGGGGAAGAGGAUCACAAGUAGAAUAUUUGAAAUGGAGAGACGAUAUUCGGGUGAUUAUGUGCUUUUGUCGAACAUAUUUUCGGGGGUAGGUGAUUAUGUUGAUUCGGAGAAUGUUAGGAGAAGAAUGGAUCAAAUGGAUGUUUGUAAACUACCCGGUUGUAGUUCCAUUUAAAUCCUACAUUAUAGUGUUUCAUUAUAUUAUAAUAUAGAGUAAAUACUUUUUGAGUCUCUU